AUGAGAAGGAAGCGGUCGAUUUGCUUAAGUUGCAAUGCGCCAGAGACAAGAGCGGAUGCAGCUCAGGCCGACCAGCGGCUUGGCGAGGACUAUGACGAUCGUCGAGGGUGCUGGCCGGAACCAAGCUUGCAACGAUGCCUCGUGGGGCUCAGAAGCAGGUUUGCGCCUAUUGAAGCCGGAGCUCGCGAGAAGACGAAUGCUGCAACGAAGCUGCUGACGGUCCGGAGGAAGAGCCGGUCGAAAAGCUAUGCGCUCAGUCGAUGGAAACGAAAGUGCGUCGCCACGGUGGAGGGCCAAGCUGUUGAGCGGAAAUACCGAAGAUCUCGCGAGUGA